GCGGCCGGCCUCGGCUGGACAAGGGGCUCUAAGCUCGUCUAGCCAUGCAACGAACACUCUAACUACAGUAAACAAGGGGGUUAAGCGUCCGUAUAACAAGGUGUGUUAAGUCAACUGGUGCCGUGGAGUCACAGGAGCGCAUGCCGUGCCAUUCCAGGUCUAUAAGGCCCUGAGUCGUUCGGACUCCCCUGUACUAAUCGCAUUCAUUCCAGUGGUAAUAAUACGUUCCUGUACUCAAUAGGAGGGGCUCCGCCCUUUUCCAGCUUUGAGGAAGCUGAACCCCCUUGUCGUGAGGAGAUAGCCCUCUGCCCUCAACCCCUCAUGAGUAUCUCGUCCCAUAGGGCCUUUUAUGAUUGCCACCUUAUUGAUAGAUUCUUCUUCGUCAAUAGGCUCCAAGAAAUGGCAGAUAUGCUUUAUGAGUAAGCCCAUACCCCGUCUCUAUCGGCGUCGGGCAGGACCGGGUUAUCAGUCCCUGGCCAGCGGAAGACCACUAUGGCGCAUUUACGCCUGAGUUUUUUGACUUUCUUACUUCUUGUCGGCCUCUUUACGCUUACCGUUGCUGUGCGCUCACCAAGCCCCAAGCCACCCAGUUCGCCAAAGCCACCCAGUCCACCGCGCCCCCAGCCGCCCAGUCCGCCAAAGCCACCCAGCCCACCAAAGCCGCCCCGGCCUCCAAAACCGCCCGGGCCUCCGAGGCCACCCCGGCCCCCACCAAACCCCAAGCCCCCGCCGCAUCCCAAGCCCCCACCACCUCCGAAGCCUUUCCGCCCACCCCUUCCAUCUCCCCCUGCUUCUACUGACGUCCAGAUUAACAUCACCGUUCAAGGUGAUGUGCUGGUUACUGCGGUUGACCCGAUUAAGGGCGCCACUGCUGCCAACUCCUCCUCCGCGCUCCUGCAACCCGGCCUCCUGUACCACCUAACGGACAAGCUGGCGGAUGGCACCCCCGUCUCCAUCCAGCUCAGCUUCGACCAGCCGCCGGCGCUGAUCACCGGAGACGUGGUGGCCAUUCCGCUAACUAUCACCGUGCCUUCGGACGUUGCCGCCAACAUCACCGGCAGCCCCCGUCGGCACCUGUUGAGUCAGCAUCUGAACUACCUUGCGGCGGGUGCGAUCACCGCUAGCCGCCGCCCGCUGCCCAGUACCGGUAGAGAUGCUGGCGGUGAUGACGCCGCGGAGGCUGCUCGCAGGCGCUACCUGGCUGCGACGGUGGACCCCCUCCGCAGUCUCAUCAGCUCGCUGGGUGGCGCCGCGGGCGGGCUGGUGGCGCAGGCACAGAGCGGGGCGACGUUCCUUAGCAGCAACACGGCCAAGGACUUGUUCAUCACGAACGGCGUGCCCCAGAACGUCUCCUCGCUUACCUUCUUGUUCCGGAGCAGCAAGUGCGGCAUCCGCACCGCCAUGGACCUGGCCCGCCUCAAGGACAACUGGUACGACCAGGGGGACGACGCGGCCUACGUGGCGACCAUGGAGCGGUACCACAAGGUCUGUUCGUACAACCAGUUGCUCUUCCCGCCGUCACUAAACCUGGUGUUCGAGGUGGACAUCAAUUGCAAGGGCACGAUACCUGUAAAGGGCGUGUACGACCUGAUUAACGGCAAGGGCAACGGUGUCAACUUGGACAAUGAACUCUACGCGCUUGCCUACCUGGGCAAGCAGUACAUCCAAGCCAACUACCCGGACGUCUACAGCCGCUGGAGCUCCUACCGGCGCAAGAUUCACUUCUGGCCCUUCAACUACGGCAGGACGCCUGAUCAGUGGAUCAUGUAUGCCUCGGGACUGAGUUCCGUGGGCUGCAAUGUGGCCGCGGACUGCAAUGUCUGGAUGAACCCCAGCGAGUUUGACACCAAGCCCGAUAUGGCCAAUGUCUUCCACGAAUUGGGUCACAGCAUAGGCCUCCUGCAUUCCGACACCUGGCAAUGCGAUGCCGCCACUGGAAAGUGCGAGAAGGUCGAGUACGGUGAUAUGUCGGACCCUAUGGCUAUUGCUGACCAGAUCAACCCGGAUACCACGAUCACAUGCAUGUCAGCGCCGCAGGUGUACAAGACGGGUUGGGGCUCGCCAAUGGAUGGUGGGGAGUUCAAGGUGUCGCAGUUGGACGUGGGCGUGUCCAAGCGCUACGUGCUCCCCGCCAUGGCCCUCACGAAGAAUAACAUGCUGCGCAUUGUGAUCGACCAAACCGGCGUUGUAUACAACGAUGUCACCAAGCCGGAACGUGCUGUAUACGUGUCGUACAGGGCACGACAGCCACAGAUUGGCGUGGAUGAUUCCGGACUUCGAGAUGACCUAAACAAGCGUGUCUGGAUCCACCAGUACGAUGACAUCGCAAACUCCCUGCCAGCAGCAAACAACCCGCUCCUGGUCGCCGUACUGUCGGACGAGCCAGAUCAGAGCUACGACGUGUGGGGUGUGCUGCCAAACAGGGUCUUCCUCACCAACGCAGUCAGCCCCGCCGGCCCGGGCGGCCUCCUCAUCAAGAUGGUCGGCAAGUCGGAUGCAGAUGCCACGGUGGACUUGUGCGUGUUUGCGGCGAAAGCAGAGCGGGACCUACCCGGCGGCUGCGAUAACGGUGUGGAUGACGAUUGUGACGGGCUGUCGGAUGGUGAGGAUCCGGACUGCACGGGUGGUGGCGACGACCCUGCCCCUGUCAACUCCCCACCGCCACCACAACCGCCGCCGCCUUCGCCGCCGCCGCCGUCUCCGCCGCCUCCAAAGUCAUCACCGCCUCCCCCACCCCGGCCCCCGCCGCCCUUACCACCGCCUCCUCCGCUUCGCUCGCCUCUUCCGCCUUCGCCGGCCCCACCGUCGCCUCCCCCACCAGUGCCGCCCCCGCCUACUCCUCCUCCUCCCCGGCCACCGCCUCCGCCUUCCCCUCCGCCCCCAUCACCUACUCCGCCUCCGCCACCCCCACCGUCUCCUCCUCCGCCUUCUCCCUCUCCUCCACUUCCACCACCACCGUCUCCGCCUCCCCCACCCUCGCCGCCUCCACCCUCUCCGCCUCUCCCGCCCCCGCCCUCGCCUCCUCCACCCUCUCCGCCUCCCCCGCCUUCGCCUCCCCCACCCUCUCCGCCUCCCCCACCCUCGCCUCGUCCACCCUCUCCGCCUCCCCCACCCUCGCCUCCUCCACCCUCACCGCCUCCCCUUCCCUCGCCUCCUCCGCCAUCACCACCGCCACCGCCUUCCCCGCCCCCGCCAUCCCCGCCCCCGCCGUCUCCUCCUCCGCCUUCCCCACCCCCACCGUCUCCGCCUCCGCCUUCCCCUUUGCCUCCAUCACCUCCACCAUCACUCUCUCCUGUGAAUCAGUCGCCGCCCCCAUUACCUUCCCCGCCAAGGCCACCUCCACCCUCACCUCCCCCACCUUCGCCUCCCCCGCCUUCACCUCCCCCACCUUCGCCUCCUCCACCACUGCCUCCUCCGCCUUCGCCUCCCCCGCCUUCACCUUCCCCACCUUCACUUCCCCCGCCUUCUCCUCCCCCACCUUCUCCCCCUCCCCCACCUUCUCCUCCUCCCCCAUCACCUCCCCCGCCUCCAUCACCUAACCCACCGCCGCCGCCUUCACCUCCCCCUCCGUCACCUCCCCCACCAAAACCGCCGCCUCCAUCGCCACCACCACCGCUGCCCCAACCCCCACCUCCAUCACCACCAUCUCCCUUGCAAUGGGCCGCACCGCCUUCGCCGCCACCACCCCAGCCACCACCACCAUUCCCUCCGCCGCCAAAGCCACCGCCACCGUCCCCUCCCCCGCCACAGCCACCGCCCCCCUCACCGCCACCACCUUCUCCGUCCCCGCCGUCGCCUCCCCCACCGAACCCGCCGCCUCCUUCGCCCCCUCCGCCGCGCCCACCCUCAACACCUCCACCCACAUCUCCGCCCUCAUUAUCCCCGCCCCCACCGCCGUCUCCUCCUCCACGACCUCCCUCGCCGUUGCCUCCGCCCCCGAAACCCCUCUCACCCUCACCGCCUCCGCCACCCCCGCCGCCUCGUGGCGUCAGGAAAAAGCCGCCACCACCGCCGGCGGUGCCAGCGCAGAUGCAGCCGCCACCGCCUCCCCCCCUGCAGCCGCCACCGCUACAGCCGCCACCGCUGCAGCCGCCACCGCCACAACUUCCUCCUCCGCCUCCUCCUUCCUUAUCUCCGCCCCCGCCAGCCAAAAAGAAGAAACCGCCACCACCUAAGGCGGCUGGUUAAGAGGGGAGUAUACUUAGGUGUGUGACGUUGAGAAAGAGCUGUAUGGGCUUUCGUGAACCUAUCUAUUUUGACGUGUCAUAGUGUUUUUGGACGUGCAUGCAAGCAGCUGGCAGCGCAGGGUUAUGGCUCCCUAAUGCAGGGUCCGUGCGAUGCUUUUGUUGACAUGUGCGGAGUUAGAGGAUUGUGCCGUGGAAGAUGUCAUUCAUGUUGACGAUAACAGCGCAUGUUCGGUUGGGGUGUCCCAUCUGCGUGUUACCUUGCCUAACCCACCCCAUGCCGUGUUGUGCGAUACAUGACGUAUGCGGGUCUUACGAGGGUACGUAGAUGACGGUUAAGACGCAUCGAGGGACGUCCAUUGGCCGAAUGCACGAAGCGGGGGAGGCGCGUGUAACGGGGUUGUACGGCAUGCAGCGCGUGUUCGUACCGUGCGUAUAUUUUAACCUUAGAAAUCUUGCGAAUGAAGUAGUAGCUAGCUCGUGUCCCAUCGGCGACGUGGGUGGUCCUGACCUGUGCGUGCAUAUACACGGAGCUGCAGUGCCUGCCCUUGCUUCAUGCCUUUGGAUGCCGCCACUGGUUGCCAGUGUGUAGCAUAAACAGUUAGGAUGGACACCUUACCUGUGCGUCGUUAGAGUAGUCUUGUUGAUAUGCACAUCAUUCUUUUGUUGCACCCUACUUUGGGGCGGGGCCAUUUGCCCUUUACUGAUGGAAAACGUGUUCGUAGGGAGGUGAUGCAUGCCUAGCUAGGGUGGAGCUGCCGUACAAUCAUGGCGCAAUUACCGUCGUACAUAUGCACCAAGAGCAGCGCCAAGGAGGAAGGAAGGCACGUCAUUGCAUACCUGUUGCCGGUGUGCUUGUCCUGCAGUCGGUGGCCGUCUUCACUAGCUUGCAAUCAAUGUUACACCGUUUCUUCUAUGUUGUGUGGACAUGCAUGUGCAAUUUGUCUGUAACCGGUUCUCCUCG